GCGGCGGGGGUGGGGUGGCCGGUAGCGCCAUGGGCUGCGGCGGAGGGGAUUGAGCCCGCCUCGGCGGUGCCGCCUCCUCCUCCUCCUCCUCCUCCUCCUCCUCCUCCUCCUCCUCCUCCUCCUCCUCCAGCGUUCAGGCUGCGACCGCCCAUGGCGGAGUCGGGUGCGGAGGAUCCCGACGAGCGUCUGCUGCUCCUGGCGGAUCCGGCGCCCCAGGGAGGGCCACCCUGGGGGUGCUCGCAAGGGGUGAGAGCCGCCCCCGGCGGGGCUGUGAGGCUGUGUGGGGAGCUGGGGCUCGAAGAGGAGGACUCGGAGGAGGACUCGGAGCCCGAGGGGGAUGGAGAGGAUGAGCCUCUCCUCCGCUCCUCCAGCAGCGGCCGCAGCCGCCGAGCGGGCGCCUCCUGGAGCAGGGAUACCGGCACCGCCGCAGGGCAUACUGGGCACACUGCUGAUAUGAAUGUAUUUUUAGAUGAUCCAGAAUUUGCAGAAAUUAUUCUGAGAGCAGAGCAAGCUAUAGAGUGUGGCGUUUUUCCAGAAAGAAUCUCUCAAGGAUCCAGUGGGAGUUACUUUGCCAAGGAUCCAAAAGGGAAAACUAUUGGGGUGUUCAAACCAAAAUCUGAAGAGCCUUAUGGACAUCUAAAUCCAAAAUGGACCAAAUAUUUUCACAAAGUCUGUUGUCCUUGCUGCUUUGGCAGAGGCUGCCUCGUGCCAAAUCAGGGAUACCUCUCUGAAGCUGGUGCCUAUCUUGUGGAUGAGAAGCUGGGGCUAGGAGUUGUACCUAAGACAAAGGUUGUCUGGCUUGUCAGUGAGACCUUUAAUUACAGUGCAAUAGAUCGUGCAAAGUCAAGAGGAAAAAAAUAUGCUUUAGAGAAAGUGCCAAAAGUUGCUAAAAAAUUUAAUCGAAUUGGACUACCUCCUAAGGUUGGCUCCUUCCAGCUGUUUGUGGAAGGAUACAAGGAAGCUGACUACUGGCUCAGGAAGUUUGAAACUGAUCCUUUACCUGAGAACACAAGGAAAGAAUUUCAGUCACAGUUUGAAAGAUUGGUUAUCUUGGAUUAUGUCAUCAGAAAUACAGACAGGGGUAAUGAUAACUGGUUAGUCAAGUUUGAAAAACAGGAUGAUAGACCUGAUCUGUCAGAAAAGGAUAGCCAAUGGAUUAUAACUCAAGAGUCUACUAUAAAAAUUGCUGCAAUUGACAAUGGAUUAGCAUUUCCUUUUAAGCAUCCUGAUGAGUGGAGGGCAUAUCCCUUUCACUGGGCUUGGCUUCCUCAAGCAAAAGUUCCUUUCUCUCAGGAAACCAGAGAUUUGGUUCUUCCUCGCAUUUCUGAUAUGAACUUUGUACAGGACCUUUGUGAAGAUCUUUAUGAGCUAUUUAAGACUGAUAAAGGAUUUGACAAGGCUACUUUUGAAAACCAAAUGUCUGUUAUGAGGGGGCAGAUACUAAACCUGACUCAGGCAUUAAAGGAUGGCAAAAGUCCCAUUCAGCUUGUCCAGAUGCCCCGUGUCAUUGUGGAGAGAAGCAGCACUGGAAGUCAGGGCCGGAUUGUUCAGCUGAGUAAUGCAUUCACACAGACCUUUCAUAGCAGGAAGCCUUUCUUUUCCUCCUGGUAGCACCAAAAACAUGUGGGAAGAGUAAGUUUCUCACAACUGUAGGAAGCUAAUUCCACGUAAAGGCUCUGCAAUAAUGUCCUUCUGCUCUAUACCAAGAGCUCUGGCUGCCAACACCUCAGAAUUUAAAUUAUAAAGACUUGAGAAAUGUAUUUUGAAUGUAAUAAAAGUUUACAAUUUUUGUGUCAGAAUUGUGAAAUCUCAUGUCAGGGAAUGAGAAGAACUUGUCCAUAUUGUAUUUUUAUAGGCUAAAUUUAUGUAUUCUGAAUAAUAUUGUGAAUAAGGGGAGAUAACAGUUUGCAUAUGUUGAGAAACUAUAUUGAAUACAACAGGAAUUUUUUUUGUUUAAUAUAAAUGUUGAACCUCUACACUAUCAAUUUCUUUUUAUAUGGUCUUAAAAAAAGAAAUGCAGAAUGUUAUCUUUGAUUGUGAAAAUGCUUUCCCUUGGGAUUUCUGCCUGAUAUUUUAAGCUGUUUAUAGAUCUUUUUCAUAGGCUAGGUACUUGAAAAGUCAUGCACUAAAAAAAAAAAUAAUCUAUUGUUACAAACAGGUGUAAAGGAAAAGGGAGAAAACUGCUCCAAAGAGGUUUUUUGCACAUGGGGACCAAAAAUAGUUGAAUUUCAGCAAAAUUCAACCUGAAUGAGUGCAUGCAGUUCCUACUGUGACAAAAUGGCCUGGGUGUACAUUUCAGAGGUUGCAAUUCUACCUGUAAGUUUCAGAACUUACAUAUUUAAGUACAUGUGUGGAAAAUUGUGAUAUUUCUCUAUAGAUCCAUGACAACAAAAGAACUGCACUAUGUUGUUACAGUUUUUAUUUUGCCAUGUGUGUAAAUCUGUUCCUCAGCAGCCACCGGGGUGGUUCUGCACCAGUAACCACAGGAGAACUGAUGUGUUCAUCACACACCCAGCCUGCCUUCUAAAUUUAUAUCUAAAUACAGGUAUUUUUUUUGACCAAAACAAACAAAACCAGGACUGUAACAGAGCACAGAAUGCUAUUGUGUCCUUAGCAAAGCUGUGCUCAGCUGCCAGUUGCCAUUUCUCUUUAUUUACAUCAUGGUUCCAGACUUUAGGGUCAUGUCCUUAGGUCUGUGGCUUCUAUAAUACAGUAAAUAUUUUUAUUUUAGUGAUUUUUUUUCUGGACGGUUAAGACUGGAAAUGGGAGAAAAAUUGCUGCUUUUAUGAAGCCUUCAGUAUUUCAGACAUUUGCUGUAUUUUGUAACUCUAAGCAAUACUGUUGAUCUCAAACGCAGUCAAACGCUUGUGUUUUAUAUAAUUCUGAGUGGGUGUCAAUAUGAAUGUAGCAUGCCAGGGAUUCACCUGAGGAGCUGAAACGUUUAAGCCUUAAAUGUAAAACUCCCUGGAUGCCGGAGUUGAAGACAAGGUGGAGAUGAGCACUUUGAGAAACUCCCCAUCGUUGUUUUUAACCAGUUUAUUAAAAAAAAAAAA